UGACGGUGCCAAGAUGGCGGCGCCGUGGCGGCGGCGCGGCCGCUGAGGGAGGUGCGUCCCUUCCGGGUGGUGCCGCGGGCCCCGAGUGCCCGCCCGGCUCUUGCUCGGCCCCCGCCCCGCUCCCGGCCUCGUCAUGCAGCCACCGGCUCACGAGCAGGACGCCCGCACUAAGAGCAUGUUCGUGUCGCGGGCCCUGGAGAAGAUCCUGGCGGAGAAGGAGGCGAAGCGGCCCCCGCACGGACAGCUGCGGAGAGCCUGCCAGGUGGCGCUGGAUGAAAUAAAAAGUGAGCUGGAAAAGCAGAGAGAAGGCACUGCUGCUCCACCAAAAGCAAAUUUCAUUGAAGCAGAUAAAUAUUUCCUUCCAUUUGAGCUGGCCUGCCAGUCAAAGUCUCCACGCAUCGUCAGUACUGCCCUGGAUUGUUUACAGAAACUCAUUGCAUAUGGGCAUAUCACUGGCAAUGCUCCGGACAGUGGAGCUCCUGGAAAACGACUGAUUGACCGAAUAGUGGAAACCAUUUGCAAUUGCUUUCAGGGUCCUCAAACAGAUGAAGGAGUACAACUGCAGAUAAUUAAGGCUCUUCUCACUGCAGUAACAUCUCCAUAUAUAGAAAUUCAUGAAGGAACAAUUCUUCAAACUGUUAGAACCUGCUACAACAUCUAUCUAGCCAGUAAAAAUCUUAUUAACCAGACAACUGCCAAAGCUACCCUUACACAGAUGUUGAAUGUAAUUUUUACACGGAUGGAAAAUCAAGCUUUGCAGGAGUCCAGAGAAGCAGAGCGAGUGCAGAAGCCGCAGUCCCCCGCGGUGGCGGGGCCACGGUCCCCACGGCCGGGGCAUCGGCAGCACAGCUCCUGGGGAGGCAGAGCUGGCACCGCUGGCACCGUGCUGGCCAAUGGGGAGCCCGGCCAUGGAGAGCCCGGCCAUGGAGAGCCCGGCCGCGGGGAGCCCGGCCAUGGAGAGCCCGGUCGCGGGGAGCCCGGCCAUGGAGAGUCUGGCCAUGGAGAGCCCGGCCAUGGAGAGCCCGGCCAUGGAGAGCCCGGCCGCGGGGAGCCCGGCCAUGGAGAGCCCGGCCAUGGAGAGCCCGGCCAUGGAGAGCCCGGCCGCGGGGAGCCCGGCCAUGGAGAGCCCGGCCAUGGAGAGCCCGGCCAUGGAGAGCCCGGCCGCGGGGAGCCCGGCCAUGGAGAGCCCGGUCGCGGGGAGCCCGGCCAUGGAGAGUCUGGCCAUGGAGAGCCCGGCCAUGGAGAGCCCGGCCAUGGAGAGCCCGGCCGCGGGGAGCCUGGCCAUGGAGAGCCCGGCCAUGGAGAGCCCGGCCAUGGAGAGCCCGGCCGCGGGGAGCCCGGCCAUGGAGAGCCCGGCCAUGGAGAGCCCGGCCAUGGAGAGCCCGGCCGCGGGGAGCCCGGCCAUGGAGAGCCCGGUCGCGGGGAGCCCGGCCAUGGAGAGCCCGGCCGCGGGGAGCCCGGCCGCGGGGAGCCCGGCCGCGGGGAGCCCGGCCGCGGGGAGCCCGGCCGCGGGGAGCCCGGCCGCGGGGAGCCCGGCCAUGGAGAGCCCGGCCAUGGAGAGCCCGGCCGCGGGGAGCCCGGCCAUGGAGAGUCUGGCCCUGGGGAGCUGCAGUCAGCCCCCACCCUGCUGGCGGCAGAGGAAACGGUUGAUGGAAGAAAGGAAAUGGUUCAAGGCAUCUUGGAAGAUGUUGUGGAUUCAGCUGUGAAAGUGGCUGAAGAAAAGCUGGUAACAGAACCUGUCAAGGCUCUGCCUGCAUUAGAGACUGCAGAUACUCUUCUUUCUGGCUCUAGCAAUGAAAAUGUACAAACAAAUGGGAUUCCAGAUGAUGGGCAGUCUGUUUCCUCCACUGAUAAUCUGGAAACGGAUGUAUCUGGACAUCAAGCUGCUGCCAGAUUUUCCCAUGUUCUACAAAAGGAUGCCUUCCUUGUGUUCAGGUCAUUGUGCAAGCUCUCCAUGAAACCUCUGGGGGAAGGACCACCAGAUCCCAAAUCACAUGAAUUGCGUUCCAAGGUUGUGUCUCUCCAGCUUCUUCUCUCAGUGCUGCAGAAUGCUGGUCUGGUUUUCAGGACACAUGAAAUGUUCAUCAAUGCAAUCAAGCAAUAUCUUUGUGUAGCAUUAUCUAAAAAUGGAGUCUCUUCUGUUCCUGAUGUGUUUGAGCUCUCGCUUGCCAUCUUCCUCACGCUGCUUUCCAAUUUUAAGACCCAUUUAAAAAUGCAGAUUGAGGUGUUCUUCAAAGAGAUCUUCCUGAAUAUUCUAGAGACUUCUUCAAGUUCCUUUGAACACAAAUGGAUGGUGAUUCAAACUUUAACUAGAAUUUGUGCAGAUGCCCAGUGUGUAGUGGAUAUUUAUGUUAACUAUGAUUGUGAUUUAAAUGCUGCUAAUAUAUUUGAACGUCUUGUAAAUGAUUUAUCCAAAAUUGCACAGGGACGAAGUGGGCAUGAGCUGGGAAUGACACCUUUACAGGAACUAAGCCUGAGGAAAAAAGGACUUGAAUGUUUGGUUUCUAUUUUAAAAUGUAUGGUAGAAUGGAGCAAAGACCUUUAUGUGAACCCUAAUCAUCAGACUAGUUUGGGUUCAUAUAAACCAUCUGAACAGGAAAUGGCUGAAGGUAAGUGCCUGGACACUGGAGGGAGACGCAGUAGUGUCAGUUCCUUGGACUCCACUGUAUCGUCGGGAGUUGGAAGUGUUGGUACCCAGACUGCUGUCCCAGAUGAUCCAGAGCAAUUUGAAGUCAUCAAGCAACAAAAGGAAAUAAUUGAACAUGGGAUAGAACUGUUUAAUAAAAAGCCAAAGAGAGGAAUACAGUAUCUACAGGAGCAAGGAAUGCUUGGCACUACAACAGAGGACCUGGCACAAUUCUUGCACCAAGAGGAACGCCUCUGCUCUACUCAAGUAGGGGAAUUUCUUGGGGAAAGCAGCAAGUUUAACAAGGAAGUGAUGUAUGCCUAUGUAGACCAGCUUGAUUUCUGUGGAAAAGACUUUGUCUCUGCUCUGCGUAUAUUUCUGGAAGGUUUUCGUCUGCCAGGUGAAGCCCAGAAGAUUGAUAGAUUAAUGGAGAAGUUUGCUGCUAGAUAUAUUGAAUGCAACCAACGGCAAACACUAUUUGCUAGUGCAGACACUGCCUAUGUUUUGGCAUACUCCAUUAUAAUGUUGACUACAGACUUGCACAGUCCACAGGUAAAAAAUAAAAUGACAAAGGAGCAAUACAUUAAAAUGAAUCGAGGAAUCAAUGACAGUAAAGACCUGCCAGAAGAGUAUUUAUCCACAAUCUAUGAAGAAAUAGAAGGAAAGAAAAUUGCGAUGAAAGAGACAAAAGAAUAUGCAAUUACAACCAAGUGUAGUAAACCAAGUGUAGCUAAUGAGAAGCAGCGGAGGUUGUUGUACAACUUGGAGAUGGAACAAAUGGCCAAGACAGCCAAAGCCCUCAUGGAGGCAGUGAGCCAUGCAAAGGCACCUUUCACCAGUGCCACUCACCUGGAUCAUGUCAGACCCAUGUUCAAACUUGUCUGGACUCCACUGCUGGCAGCAUACAGUGUUGGCUUGCAGAACUGUGAUGACCCAGAAGUUGCGUCGCUGUGUUUGGAAGGAAUACGCUGUGCCAUUAGAAUAGCCUGUAUCUUUGGAAUGCAGCUUGAACGAGACGCUUAUGUACAGGCCCUUGCUCGUUUUUCCUUGUUGACCGCCAGUUCCAGCAUUACAGAAAUGAAACAGAAGAACAUCGAUACCAUUAAGACACUCAUUACAGUUGCUCACACAGAUGGCAACUAUCUUGGCAAUUCUUGGCAUGAGAUCUUGAAAUGUAUUAGCCAGCUGGAACUGGCACAGCUCAUAGGAACUGGUGUGAAAACUCGAUAUUUGUCUGGUUCUGGGCGUGAGAGGGAAGGCAGCAUUAAGAGCUAUGCCUCUGCAGGAGAAGAGUUUAUGAGCCUGGGAUUAGGGAACCUUGUUGGGAGUGGGGCUGACAAACGGCACAUGGCGAGCAUCCAGGAGUCUGUGGGGGAGACCAGCUCACAGAGUGUGGUGGUAGCAGUAGACAGGAUAUUCACGGGCUCCACGAGGCUGGACGGGAACGCCAUAGUUGACUUUGUGCGGUGGCUGUGUGCUGUGUCCAUGGACGAGCUGGCGUCCCCGCACCACCCGCGCAUGUUCAGCCUGCAGAAGAUCGUGGAGAUCUCCUAUUACAACAUGAACCGCAUCAGGCUGCAGUGGUCGAGGAUUUGGCAUGUGAUUGGAGAUCACUUCAAUAAGGUUGGGUGUAACCCUAACGAAGAUGUUGCCAUCUUUGCUGUAGACUCAUUAAGGCAGCUGUCAAUGAAAUUUCUUGAGAAGGGAGAGUUAGCCAACUUCCGCUUCCAGAAAGACUUCCUAAGGCCUUUUGAGCAUAUUAUGAAGAAAAACAGAUCUCCGACUAUCCGAGACAUGGUGAUCCGCUGUAUUGCUCAGAUGGUGAACUCUCAAGCUGGUAACAUUCGUUCAGGCUGGAAAAAUAUCUUUGCUGUCUUUCAUCAAGCAGCAUCAGACCAUGAUGGGAAUAUCGUAGAGCUGGCCUUUCAGACUACAGCACACAUAGUUACAAAUAUUUUUCAGCAGCAUUUUCCAGCAGCAAUUGACUCAUUUCAAGAUGCAGUAAAAUGCCUCUCUGAGUUUGCCUGUAAUGUUGCUUUCCCGGACACCAGCAUGGAAGCCAUCAGGCUUAUUCGCUAUUGUGCAAAAUAUGUCUCAGAAAGACCACAGGUAUUAAGAGAAUACACAAGUGAUGACAUGAAUGUGGCUCCCGGGGACAGAGUAUGGGUCAGAGGAUGGUUUCCUAUUUUGUUUGAGCUUUCUUGUAUCAUCAAUCGUUGCAAGUUAGAUGUUCGUACAAGAGGCUUAACGGUGAUGUUUGAAAUCAUGAAGAAUUACGGGCAUACCUUUGAAAAGCACUGGUGGCAAGACCUGUUUAGAAUUGUGUUUCGGAUUUUUGAUAAUAUGAAACUCCCUGAGCAACAAACAGAGAAAUCAGAGUGGAUGACCACGACGUGCAACCAUGCCCUUUAUGCCAUCUGUGAUGUGUUCACACAGUUCUAUGAAGCUUUGCAUGAGAUCCUUCUUCCUGACAUACUUGCACAGUUACACUGGUGUGUAAAACAAGAUAAUGAGCAGUUGGCACGAUCAGGUACAAACUGCCUAGAAAACCUGGUAAUACUCAAUGGACAGAAAUUCAGCCCUGAAGUCUGGGGCCAGACAUGCAAUUGUAUGUUAGAAAUCUUCAAAACAACUAUUCCUCAUGUCUUGCUGACAUGGAAGCCUGUAGGAAUGGAGGAAGAUUCAUCUGAAAAACACUUGGAUUUGGACCUAGAUCAUCACUCUUUAAGCAGCAUGGAUAAAAAUGCUUCUGAAAGAGGACAAAGCCAAUAUUCAAAUCCAACAGAUGAGAGCUGGAAAGGUGGUCCUUACACAAACCAAAAACUAUUUGCUGGCCUCCUGAUCAAGUGUGUGGUACAGCUGGAGUUGAUACAGACCAUUGACAACAUAGUGUUCUAUCCAGCAACAAGCAAGAAGGAAGAUGCUGAGCACAUGGCUGCAGCUCAGCAAGACACAUUGGAUGCAGUUAUCCACAUUGACACAGAAGACCAAGGAAUGUAUAAAUAUAUGUCUUCACAUCACCUUUUUAAGUUAUUGGAUUGUCUGCAAGAGUCUCACUCAUUUUCAAAAGCCUUUAAUUCAAAUUAUGAGCAGCGAACUGUGUUAUGGAGAGCAGGGUUCAAGGGUAAAUCAAAACCCAAUCUCCUAAAACAAGAGACCAGCAGCCUGGCAUGCUGCCUGAGGAUCCUGUUCCGGAUGUACGUGGACGAGAGCCGGCGCGAGGCCUGGGACACGGUCCAGCAGCGGCUGCUCAGUGUGUGCAGUGAAGCCCUGGCGUAUUUUAUUACUGUCAACUCAGAAAGCCACAGAGAAGCCUGGACCAAUCUCUUGCUGUUGCUUUUAACAAAAACACUAAAAAUCAGUGAUGAUAAGUUCAGGGCACACGCUUCCACCUAUUACCCGUACCUGUGUGAGAUCAUGCAGUUCGACCUGAUCCCCGAGCUGCGGGCGGUGCUGCGCAAGUUCUUCCUGCGCAUCGGGGUGGUGUUCAACAUCUGCAUCCCAGGCGAGCAGGCACGCACAGCUGGCACCAACCUGCCUUCCUGGUAGCUCCCACUGAGGCUGUUACACCGGCCUGUACGUAAAGCUGUGUCCAGAGAUGGAUUGAAGUGGAUGAAAAAACAGGAUCCUGGUGUAUCACCACAGGAACAAGUUAUUCUUACCAAAAUGGCAUUUGGGAAUGAGGAAAAUAAUCCUGUUCUGUCCAUCCUACAGAAGCGUCAGCAGUUUUAUUUAAAUUAUUGCUUACAGAGUCAAUACAGUAGGUGUGCAGUCUCUUUGUUUCAAUGCUAAUCAUUUGUAUGUUCCAGUAUGUCUCUUAUAGUCUUUUAUGCACUGCUCAGUCUUUCAUCCCAGCUAGAGCUGAUAAAUCAGCUGGAUAGCUCCACGGACAUUAUGCCCCUUGGAACUAAUGACUGUAUUUGUGUAGCCUUGUGAUGUUGGCAAGUGUUCAUAAUAAACUUGGCUGUGGUGGCCAGUGACCACCCGAGAUCCCUCUGGGUUUUCCUUUGUGUCCAGGACCAGGCCAGGCAGGGGACUGGGCUGGUGAAGUGGACAGCCUAGAGGAUAUUCAGAGAAGGUUUUCCUCCUGUUUAACAAAUGACUUAAUUUUUUUUUUAAUAUCAGUACUACAUUUUCUGAGACUUAUUUUCAGUUUUAUGGAAGAUUUUACAUCAGGAGCACCAAUAGCAUCUACUCCUUUAGCUUAUUAGGCUUGAAUUAAAGGCAUUUAAGAAAAAGAAAAGGCAUUCCUUUUCCUUUCAUACAUUGGCAGAUCAUAGAGCAUACACAGGAACAUCAUAAACAAGGCUCAGAAGAAAUAAACCUACCUUUUUGACCCUUGAAUAUAAUUUAGCAGUAAUGGUGGCUGAUUAACAAAAAGUCCAAUUUUUAACACAGGUUUGUCUCUUUUUACUGCAGAUCUGCAAAUUCGGAUUUGUCAUUUGUGCAAAUGAUUUUUGUUCUCAACUCUUAGUUCCUAGUGGCAUCUAAAAACCCUGAAUUUCCAAAAAACUGCUCUAGCAAAAUCAAACAAGUUAAUUCACGUGCUCUAAGGUAACAAAACAAUUCCAUGCUUUGAAGGCUUUCUGUGAAGCAAAAAGUGACACGACACCACAGCUUUGCUUGCCCAGGAGAAUUUUCUCUCCUUGAAAUGCAUUACAUGUCUGUGACAAUGUUUCUAUGACAGGAUGCUCUCUUGACCUUUGAAAUAAUUUUAAAUUUCAAGUUUCAAAACUUUUCUAAACCAGGAAGGUAUGGCAGGAUGUUAGGAGAGGCUCCACUUGCUAAAAUAAUGCAAAGUAGUGUUAACUGCUGUGCUAUCCAGAGUAGCAAACUGAAAAUACUAACAGUAUUGGAAGAAAAAAACAAACCAACAAACACCAACAACAACCUACCUACUUGAAUGGAACUAAGUGUGUGACAUUAUUUUGUUUUUUGAGUUGAGUUUCCUGGUAGGAUGGCCUCAGGUGAGGUUGUCCUGGGAUAUGCUGCUCUGAGCUGCUGGGAAUGUGCUGUCUUUGGAGGUUUUUUUUUUUUUGGUUUGGUUUUUUUUUUUUUUUCUUUGUUGUUGUUCUUUGUUUAUUUGUUUGGUUUGUUUUUUGUGAUCUUUUUCCCAAAGGGUUUUUAUGGUGCUCCUCAAUACAUCAGUUUGUCCUGUGUUUGUGAAAGGUUUUACAGUCAGUAGUUGAGACAAAGCUUUCACAAUUUAUUUUCACUUUUUAAUUUUAACCAAAGAAGAGAGGCAGUUGUGGCUCUUUGACUUGUGAAUGCCCAUUAGGUUAAAUCUGUACACUGCUGUUUAGUAGAAGGGAGUGAAUGGCUAUAUAUGAAAAUAGGAGAGGACUGAAAAAUAAGCAAUGCUGGUAUUUAACUUGCUGCAGUUGAAAUAUUCUUUUGUGUUGCAUCUCUUGUGGCUGUCAUUCCCUGGGAAUGUCACUGCAUUGGGUACCGUAGGAAAUGAAUUCUAUUUAGAUCUGUAAUAAUAUGCUAUUCCUUUUCUUCUGGUCGUAGGUAGUCCUAAGGAAAAUAUUUGAACCGUUAUUUUUUAGAUUUGGAAUGUGUCACUGCCUCAUGGAAUGUGUUCCCUCAUGUCCCAUCAGACACACCUGGCCCAGCUGCAUGUGUCACAGGUUUGAAAGCCCUACAGUCAUGUCUUGAAAAAAGUCUCAAUUUUGAGGUCUUAAAUGACUUCACGGUUGCUUCAUGGGCUUUUUUUAGUGUAAGGGGCAGCAUUUGUAGUCUCUCUCUACACAUAGGAUAAGGGUAUUUAAUCCAUGCUUCCUUUCAGCCUUUGGUCUGCGACUGUUCUUCUCCUUAAGAAAAGCUUUUGUUGUAUUUAUACCAGUUACAAACUGCUAAAGUUGGGUAUGUGAUACCCAGCCAUCCCAGGGUCUGCAGGGCAUGAAGGAGAAGGGGCCCUGGCAUGCAAUUGCAUUGUCAGAGCCCAACCCUGUCCUGUUCCUGCAGGCCACUGUCCCCAGCACAGCAAUAACCAGGGGGUGCUCAGCUUACUCCACAGCACUCUUGGGUUUUCCUCAGAGAGCCAGGAAGGGCUGAACCCACCUCCAUCCCAGCUCAGCCCCUGCAGUGGUGCCAGCUGGUUCCUCCAUCCCAGCUCAGCCCCUGCAGUGGUGCCAGCUGGUUCCUCCAUCCCAGCACAGCCCCUGCAGUGGUGCCAGCUGGUUCCUCCAUCCCAGCUCAGCCCCUGCAGUGGUGCCAGCUGGUUCCUCCAUCCCAGCACAGCUCAGCCCUCACAGCUGGCUGUGUGGAGAGCAGGACUGUGCAGUACAGGCAGAAAAAGUCACUCCUUGGACGGGCUGUGCAAGAGAGGGAUCUGCAGCUCACCCACCUGGAAUGGCAGAAGUCCUGGAGACUCAUGAGCUUUGUUGUUAUGAGUCAUUUCAGGCCUCCCCAGGGAAGGGAGGGGGGGAAAGGAUGUUAAGGAGGAAAACCCUAAAUCCCCUCUUUUGUGGUGAUUAAAAACUCCCUUCAUGUUGCUUCUGUUGUGUCUUACCAUCCAGGAAAAGGUUGUUUUUACAGCAGUUUGUUAUCUAUGUCUGGUACCUCACAUUCUAAACUGCAAACAGAACAAUCUAAACCAAUGUCCACUACUACAACUGACACCGCCUCAUUUUAGCUCAGUCUUAAUAUUCAGGAAAAAUACUAAAAAUAGUAACUCUGUCAAAAGUGCAUCUCCCUUUAAUCUGUGACUUCAGUUUGUUCAGCACCUUUGUUUAAAAGGUAUGUUUUCACAUAUUUAAAAUGCCUGAGUUUUAAUAUCUCUGUAUUAAGUGCAUUUACUAUCAAUAAUUUAAAAACUAUUCCUUGCCAAUGGAUGUAUAGAGUUUUGAGAGAAUACCAAAAUUAUAUAAUAUGAAAAACUAUGUAAAGUUUUCUACAUGAGAAUACGAUGUAUAAUAGUUAUAAUAUUCCAUGCUUUAAUCAAGUGAUAAAAUAAAGUUUUACGAAGUGUU